UAAGCAUCUUCAGGAAUGUCUUUCUGUAUCUUCAGGUUAUUUGGCGUUACAGGAAACUGCGCUGCCUGCAGUAAGCUCAUACCUGCUUUUGAGAUGGUGAUGAGAGCUAAGGACAAUGUUUAUCACCUGGACUGUUUUGCGUGUCAACUUUGUAAUCAGAGAUUUUGCGUUGGAGACAAAUUUUUCCUGAAGAACAACAUGAUUCUGUGCCAGACAGACUAUGAGGAGGGUUUGAUGAAAGAAGGUUAUGCACCCCAGGUUCGCUGAUCUGAUGCCGCACCGUUAAGAAUACAAAGCACUAUGUUCUUUUAUCUUUUUUGCUCAACAUGUAUAUAAGAAAUGACACAGGAACCUACUGAAUAGCGUAGAUAUAGGGAGACAGAAUGGUUGCGUGAAAUAAAAGGCGGACUGCAUCUGUAUGUAGUGAAAAUUGCUCCAGUUCAGAGUUGAAUGUUAAUUAAAAAGGUACUGUACAUACGGCUGGAUUCUUUUGCUUGCUCUUGGGGUUUUUGGUUUAUUUGUUUGGGUUUUUUGUUUGUUUCUUUUUGUGUCACUUGGCAUGAGAUGUUUAUUUUGGACUAUUGUAUAUAAUGUAUUGUAAUAUUUGAAGCACAAAUGUAAUACAGUUUUAUUGUGUUA